UUCUAAAAUUGAAACCCUCUUCCACUCUCCCAGGUCCCUUUUUUUGGACGAGAAAACGCAUGCGAAACGGGGGAAAUUUGGAUGGUUUUUAUUUUUCUUUUCGUCGAAACGCACCACUGGCUAUCGCGUCGUCCACUACUAUUCUCGCUCUCCCCUCUACCAAGGCCCCCACGCCACGCACGCGCACAAAGUCUGAGGCGGAACUAACCCACCAAUCCGCCACCAACCCAGAGCGCCGAGAAGCCCAACCGCGGCGAGCAGUGUGCCACGGGCCGGCGCGCCGGCGAACUCCUCCUCCUAUGCUCGCCGCCGGCGAUGCCCAGCCCGCUGAAGGAGCGACCCGCCGGCCGACUCGGCCGCCUCCUCGCCGCGCUCCGCCCGGCGCGCGCUGGCCCGCUCCCCGUCCAGACAGGCUUCCCCACCUCCCUCGCUGACCUCGUCGUCAAGAACCAUGGCCGCCUCAAGAAGCCCUCCGCCUCGGCGUCCAGGCGCAAGAAGCGCGGCGGGCCGGAGGCUCCCCCCUCGCCCUCGCCCUCGCCCUCGCCUUCCCCUCCGCCGCAGCCUUCCUCGCCACCACCACCACCACCAUCCCCGCCGCCUGCGGCCGCUGUCUCGGUCUCGCCGCCAACCCAGCCGAGACCGAGACCGGAACUUCCGCCGGUGGAGGCCGUCCUCCGCCGCCAGCCCAAGGGCCGCGUGUUCGGCCUUGGGCUGGGGUUCGUCUCGCUCGUCGGCGUGGUGUCGCUCGCCCUCCUCGUGAUCUGGAGCAAGAAGGUGGUCGCGGCCGUCACCGUCGCCUCCUUCUCGCUCUUCCUGCUCGAGUCCGUCAGGUCCUCCGCGCUUUCCCGGCGGCCGCGGCGGCCGGCGGCGAACAACAAGCUGGAUUUGGACGGGCGCGGCUACGUCUCGCCGAUCCGGGAGGUGGAGCCGGCGAGGGCAAGCUUCUCCGAUUCCUCCAGGCGAAGCGAGUUAUCCAUCCUCACCAUUGAGGAGAGAAGCGAGGUAGGCGACGAUUCGAUAGUCGCCAUUGAGGAGAGAAUCGCGGCAGGCGGCGACGACUCAAGCAACGCCAAGGUCAAGACCAAGAAACGGUCAUGGAGGAAGCUGAUUCCCCGCAAGUUACAGAAGGGCAUGAAGGGCAAGGAGGCGGAGGAUUCGUCGGGUUCUUUCCGCAGCAGCGAAGGCAACCGAGGUGACGCCACGGCGACGGAUUCCUCGGACUCUCGCCGUGGAAUGCGCACCAAGGCCGCGGACGCCUUCGUCGCCAGAUCGAUGGAUUCUUCGCCGUCUUUCCGCGGGAACGGAGGCGACACGGACGCCGACGCUUACAGCAAUGCCACGCGGGUAGAAAUCGACGCGCCGGCCGAUGUCCUCGCCGGAGACGGCGACGCCGUGGGAGGGACCCGGUCCUCCGUCGCGCUCCUCGUCGUUGCCGUCGUUCUCGUAGGCCUCGUCGCCGGCAAGCUCCCGGCCGUCGUGUUCACCGUGCUUUGCGGCGUGUUCAUUAGCUCGGUUCAGAGAUUGCCGGCGGGCGGUGACGGCAACGGCGAUCGGAGCUUUACAUGGUGGUUUAGGAUCAAACCCAAAGAUGUAAAUUAGUGGCAGAAGAAAGGGGAGAGUUGAGUGACAAAAGAAAGAAGCAGCAAAUACAUAAAUAUUUGUUCUUGUUGCUCGUGUCGUUCGUGCUUUGCAUUCAUUCCUUACUGAAUCGGAA